AUGGUAAGUGUAUCGCAGAAAAGCCUCACCAUCAUAUUCAGUACAGAAUUCGUAAUUGGGAUUUUGGGAAAUGGAUUCAUCGUACUGGUGAACUGCAUUGACUGGGUCAAGAUGCGAAAGAUCUCUUUACUAGACCAAAUCCUCACUGCUUUGGUGAUCUCCAGAAUCUGUCUGAUUUUGUCAAUAAUGUUGAGUUGCUUAUCACAGCAGUAUGAGUCAUUUGAACGUUUGAAUAGAAAAUAUCUUUUAUUUAUUGGUACUUGCUGGGGAGUGGCUAACCAUUUUAGUGUCUGGCUUGCCACAAUCCUCAGCCUCUUUUAUUUUCUCAAGGUAGCGAAUUUUUCAAAUCUUGUUUUUCUUUACCUAAAGCAGAAAAUUGAAAAAGUAGUUCUGGUAAUGUUUCUGGGAAUAUUAGUCUUUUUGCCUUUCAAUGUUACAAUGACUAACAGAUAUAUUUAUGACUAUGAAUUCACACGUGAAAACAAUGUGACAUGGAGUGACACCAGAACAUCUUUAAGACUGACUGUAUUCAUUUUUGAAUAUAUCAUACCCUUUUCUGCAUCCAUGACUUUUUUUAUCCUGUUAAUUUUCUCUCUGUGGAAACAUCUCAAGAAUAUGAAGGUCAGUGCAGCAAGAUCAAGAGAUUUCAGCGCCAAGGCCCAUAUAACAGCCAUGAAAACUGUCAUCUCUUUCCUUUUCCUGUUUGCGGUUUAUUUCCUAUGUUUUCUUCCAAUUCUUUUCUGUUUUAACAUUUCUGAUGAUUGUAUGUUCUUUUUUCAUGUUCUUGAAAUUGCUUAUCCUUCAGUCCACUCAUUUGUCUUGAUUAUGGGAAAUAGUAAGCUAAGAAAGGUCUUUCUUUUGAUAUGGUGGCAAUUGAAGUGUACUUGA